AUGAGUCGCCAGCCACGUGAAACGCCUGGUCUUCUUGGUUCCGGAAAAAACAUGUCGAGCUUCGACUUCCUUCCGUGUGUGACAACGAUGAAGGCGCGUGAGUGGGAGCUCGGCCUGAUCACUGAGACUCAGAGGUGCAAAGAGAGCAAAACGGUCGAACCCCCGUUCCUGGGAUACAGGCUCUUUCGAAGUGUGUGCGGAGAGUUCCUGGGCUGCUUGCUCUUCCUGUUCAUGGCAAUCACGGUCGCCCGGCUGGCGGGAAACAGAGAGGACGGUGACGCCGCGGGGGAGCAGACAGCGACUAUCCUCAUGAUAUCUUCCGCCUUCGGUCUAUCCAUCUUCGUGCUUGUCUACAUCUUUGCGGACGUUUCCGGUGCCCACCUCAACCCAGCGGUAUCCAUGAGUCUCCUCGUCGGGAAACGGAUUUCAAUUGAGCGGUUCGGACUCUACGUUGCAGCUCAGGCUGGCGAGGCUUUCGGUGCUGAAGUCCUGUGCACCUUUCUGCUGGUGGUGACUGUUUUCACCGCCUGCGACGGUGAGCUCGGUCGCAAGAACGCCCACACUGGACCCCUCCUCCCGCUCGUCAUCGGGAUGGCCGUCUUGAUCGCUCACCUGGUGUUGAUUCCCAUUGACGGGUGUUCCAUAAACCCGGCUCGCUCGUUCGCCACCGCCGUGAUCAACAACAAGUGGGACGACCAUUGGGUAUUCUGGGUCGGUCCCCUCCUCGGCGGUGUCCUCGGGACUGCCACUUGGGAGGCCAUCCUUCGCCCCGACCAGCCGGUCGAUGAUGAACACGAGGUGUUCCUGGACAUGAAGAAGGCAGAGUUGGGCAACGAUGCUUAA